CUUUUGCGCAGUGGUUUGAGAGAGAAAGAGGAGAAUAUAAUUUGUCUGCAGCUGUCGUCUUGGCAAAAAACAUCAACCAUGAGCGACAACGAGGAUAAGGAGUAUGUGGAGCGGGAGUCUCGUUCUGCCUCCCGGAGUGUAAGCCCACAGGGAUCGGGCAAGUCUGGCAGCCGCUCACCUGCUCAUUCGCCAGCACGGUCCCGUUCCAAGGAGGGUUCCCGCCACUCCAGGUCUAAGUCAAGGUCCCGCUCAAGGUCCAAGUCCAGGUCUCGAUCUCGCCGCAGCUCCCGCAGACAUUACUCUCGCUCACGCUCUCGUUCUCGAUCCCACCGUCGGAGGUCCAGGAGCAGGUCACACAGUGGGGAGUACCGUCGCCGCCGAAGCCACAGUCACUCGCCUAUGUCCAACCGAAGACGCCAUGUGGGCAACAGAGCAAACCCAGACCCUAACAAUUGCAUUGGAGUGUUUGGGCUGAGCCUUUAUACGACCGAGAGAGACCUGAGGGAGGUGUUCUCAAAAUAUGGGCCGCUUGCUGAUGUAAGCAUUGUCUAUGACCAGCAGUCUCGACGCUCCAGAGGAUUUGCUUUUGUUUAUUUUGAGACUAAGGCGGACUCUAAAGAAGCCAAGGAGCGUGCUAACGGGAUGGAACUUGAUGGCCGCAGAAUUAGAGUUGACUUUUCCAUCACAAAGAGACCUCACACACCCACUCCUGGAAUCUACAUGGGGAGGCCAACAUAUGGUGGAAGUGGUGGUGGUAGUAGUAGUAGUGGUGGUGGCAGUAGUGGUGGUGGUUCCAGGCGCUCCAGAGAACACUAUGACCGAGGAUAUGACCGAGGGUAUGACCGAUAUGAUGAUCGAGAUAAUUACAACAGAUCUUACAGACGCAGAUCCCCAUCUCCUUACUAUAGCCGUGGAGCAUAUCGGUCCCGUUCCAGAUCUCGUUCCUACUCUCCACGUCACUACUGAUAAUCCUACUAUCCGGUAGCAUGGUUCUGGGAUUACUUCUCUGAAGAUGACUGUGCUGCCUUUUUUGUUUUUUUUUGGGGGGGGGGGGCUUUUAAGUUAAACAUGUGACUGUUAGGGCUAAUCUGUUAUAGCCACACAAAUGACAAAUUAUGUUAUUUGUUAGAUGCAAGUUUUCAUCCUGUUGCAAACUGUUUAGAGCUGUUUUUUUUUUUUUUUUUUUUUUAAUAUAAAUAUUUGUUAAUUGUGACUGGCAGUUCCUUUUUGUAAAUUUGUCAGCUGCUGUGGGGGUUUGUAUUUAAAUAUGGAAGCUCUUCCGCAGUACAGGAUGUCUUGUGCGUAUGCUUUUACAUAAAGAAGCAAUAAAGAUGCUUUUUUAGUGUG